GAUAACCUUAAAAGUACGGGAACGUGACCGCGAUAGGGCGACCGCGUGAUACGUGUGCGUGUGAUAAUCGCUUUUGGACGGCUCUUCCGUUAAUUGACGAUUGAAACGUAUUCAUACGUGCCGAACGUGCAUACGAAGGCCGAGUUUCUUCGUUUCUUGAAAGCGCGAAGUAGGAGCAUGCGAAUAUACACGGGUACUUCUAAGCUGAAAUCGCAAUUUUCGCAUUCGAAGAUGUUCGCGGACCCUCGUGCCCUCGUAUCGCAGAUUUUCUGCGAGUUCUUGGAAUUUCAAAAACGUAUUUCCCGUUGUAGAAACACGCGGACUGCACAAUAAUUCCAACGACAUAACGUCGUAGCAUUUCUACGUAGCGGGAAUUUAAAUGUCGCAUGUUUUUUUCUCAACGACUUUGGUGGCACAUGCGGCGGUGAUGAUGAAUUGUACAGUGUUCCCGUCUUUAGGUUAUACAGUGUUCGCAAGGAUCGUGUUUGCGAGAAGGAAUUGAGGUAGCAUGUUAUUCCAUUUUACAUGCAUGGAAGAUCAUGUCGUCGACGUCUGAAGAUAAAUUGUGACGAAAUGAAUUUGAUAAAUGUUGAUUUGCAAUGCCAUGUGUAUAUACCUUGAAUUCAGUGUUUGUGUCGUGUUUCUGUCACGCAAUAGAUACUGGCAACUAAUGCCUUGUGAAUUUAAUUUUAAUAAGAAUUUAGUGCCUCUCCUGGAAAGAUAUCUUGGGCAAGUUUCCUCUUCUAUAAGCAAGAAAACUCAUUUAGUUCGAGCCACAGCAAAUCAUGACUGAGAUUGGUAUAGAUAGUCUACGAAAUCUCAUCACGCAUUUUGUAAAGAACACAUACAGGACCAAAGAUGCGGAUGUCACGAACCAGGAGAUCAUGCAGAGAUGCAUGCUGCUUGCAGCCUUUGAUUACGACUAUUCCACAAUAGAUAACAGCAGAGGUGCCCUUUGCCCACAUUAUCCUAGCUAUCUUAUAAUAUUAGAACACGACAAGUUUCGAAAUUCAAAGAGCUGCGACACACCAGUGGCAUCAUCAUGCAUAAUGGAAAAUACAUACGAAAGCAUACAUUUUAGGAAUAAGCUUAUUAAACUGAUGAAGCACUCAAAAUUUGCCAGAUGCCAUUUAAGAUUUCCAGUGCCUGUGAUACUUUACAAGGACAGGCAUGUAUGCAGAUCUUCAACUUUAGCCAGUGGUGCGGAAAUGUUCGGUAGAGCUGGAUUAGAAUAUUUGCUAUCCAGUGUAGCCAGUGGCAGCGCCAGUGCAGUGCAGACAGUAACGCAAGUAGAGGAAAGUCUACCCGAGGAAGAAGCAAAGCUCACUGACUUUAAGAAUAAAGUUAGAUAUUAUGAUAUAGAACUUCUCAAGACUCUUAAUGUAGGAACCAUCGUAGACUUCAUGGUGGAGAAGAAGAAAGUUAAAUAUGGGAUGACCGUUACUUCGUCGGAGAAGGUAGACCAAGAGAGACGGUACAGCAACUUUAACCUCAUCUCACUGCCAUAUCCCGGAUGUGAAUUCUUCAAGGAAUUUAGAGACCAAGAUUAUCGAUCCAAGGAUCUGGUGUUUAACUGGUGCCAGAAUUACAUAGACGCGCCAAUAUGUGUACCUGAGGACUCAAUCUCCAGUCAAUUACGAGUCAACUGGGAUCAGUAUACAGAAUGGAAUCUAGUCAAAUUAACGCAAAACUAUUUAAAAUUAAUAUUGAGAUACUUACGUGAUAAUAAUAACGGAUUAUUGAUUCACUGUAUCUCAGGUUGGGAUCGCACACCACUAUUUAUUUCAUUGCUGAGAAUUAGUUUGUGGGCUGACGGGGUAAUUCAUACAACAUUGGAUUCAUAUCAACUAUUGUAUUAUACCAUCGCCUACGAUUGGAUGCUCUUUGGGCAUGACUUAGCAGAUCGACUCAACAAAGGAGAGGAGAUAUUUUUUUUCUGUUUUGAUUUUUUAAAAUAUAUUGAAAAUGAUCACUUUAGCAUACAUAAACAUUACGAGAGAACAUCAACAAGGCAUAGCGAAUCGGAAACUUUUCUGAUUGACAGCGAUUCUUUCGAAAUUAUUACAAAAUCCAGUUUUAGUCCCAAGUACAGUUCAUCUAGUUCUAUUGAACAAAACAGUGUAGAUGGUGAUUCAUCACCAGCUGCGUUUUUUACUGAUCCUUUGGAUAAUCAAGAUGACGCACGAAAUAAUGUGAUUGUUGCACACGGAAUACUUAGUACGUCUCCAAAUAAAGAAAGUGCUGUACAAGAAUCGCGUCCGUCGUUGUCUACAAAUCGUACAUCUCCGAUUGGCGUUCCCAUACCACGAAAUUCGCAUGUUCGACAACGAAACGAUUCAACGUCUUCAGGCGAUUCAUGGCAAUUAGUAACAGGAACUGGUAGUUUGUGUGGGUCCACAACUGCUAAUGCUCUACACUUGGAUAACGUAUUGCCACCCGAUUCAGAUUGUAAACCAUCAUGUGGUACUUGUCGUAAAACUCGGCGCACAUCACAAGAACGCGGCGCAAAUGUAAAUGACGAUGAGACUUGCGUAUCACAUACACAACGUAAAGAACGGUUGCAUUGUCUUCGAAAUAUAUUUUACAAGGCUUAUGGACCUCAUGGAUUUCGAUUAAAGGACGACUCAGGUGGCAUCAGCCAAUACAUCGGAAACAUUGUUGGGAUGACUUCCAUUCAACGCACAUCCUAGUGACAAAUGUUUUUAAGUGACUUUCCAAGAGCAUGAGUUUACAAUCGAUUUUUACUAUUCUAAGAUCCAACAAUUUUUUUUAUUUCAGUUAGUCUUCAUUUGUUUUGCGAUACUGAAAACGUUAUUACAUGUCGUGUUUUUUUCGCUCUACGUUAGAGGAAAAAAAUAAUCCUUUUAGUACUGAACCAAAUGCAAUGAAAAUGCAAUGCUGUGUGGCCAGGAUAAAUCAGUUUUUUUUUUUUUUUUUUUAUUAUUUUAUACUAAGCGCAUAUAUGCUCUCAAAUCGAAAUAAAUUUAAAUGCAUAUAUCUGGCAACACUACUCAAAGGGUUAAAAGAAAUUGACUUCUAACAGAAAAAUAAAGAAUAAAUGCUCUUAGAAUACUGAAAAUUGAUUAUAUUGUUAAUACUUUUGUCCAAUUAAUAAUUUUAUAAAAUGAAUUUAUAAACUGAUAAUGAGAAGAUUGUACAUACUGUUUUUCUCAAGAUUGGACUGUUACAUAAUAUGUAGCACGACUUGUGCCGAAAUAACAUAAUAAAACUUGAUAUUUUUGUAUAUGUCUACAGGUAAA